AUGCAGCACUGGUUGCGCGAGAAUAUGGCGGGCGUUUUCAUGCCGGGAAUGGGUGGAGGACCGUCAUCGUAUGGGUGUCAAUUGAGGGCUUUUUCCGCCGUUUAUUUUGUUCAGGCUGACACGAAGAAGAUCCAAGAGAUCCAACACGGUGGAAAGGCGAUUCUCCCGGCUUCAAUCCUCGACCACAUGCUUCAGCUAAACAAUCAGCAAUCGGUCAUGCUUUUUAAGGUGAUGAACCCAUCGUCUGAUCGCCAGCGUGCCACACAUUGCGGCGUUUUGGAGUUCUCGGCCGAAGAGGGACGAUGCUAUCUUCCGCAAUGGAUUAUGUUGCAAUUGGGAUUGGAGGAAGGGGAUGACAUUCGUUUGGAAUCCGUUCAACUUCCCAAGGCCACCUACGCAAAGCUGAAGCCACAAUCGCUCGACUUUCUCCAUAUCACCAACCCGAGAGCCAUGCUUGAGGUGGAACUUCGCAAAUGGGCUUGUUUGACGAAAAACGAUCGAAUCCGUGUCGUUUACAAUGAUCAGCCGCUCGAGUUGGUGGUGCAAGAUUUGAAGCCGCAAAACGCCGUGUGCAUUAUUGAAUGUGAUGUCAAUUUGGAGUUUGACGCGCCAGAGGGAUAUCAGGAACCAAGUUACAACGAACAGGGUCCAUCCUCGUCAACAGUGAAACCACCAGCUCCACUUCUCCCCGCAGCCGCACAAGCGUUCACUCCAUUUGGUGGCGGUGGAAUGCGAUUGGAUGGGAAAACGCCAUCGUCUGGCUCGUUGAUCUCACAAAAUCAGGAAAAGCUCCAGGAGGCCGAGAUCCCAGCUCCAUUUUGCAUCACCGAUUAUCAACCGGGUCAACUCGGCUUCGUGCGCUACGAUUACAGAUGCCGGGAGGUGCAAGUGAAAGAGAAAAACGAACGGGAGAAAGCGGCAGGCGAGCCGAUUCGAAACGCUUUCACCGGAAGUGGGGCAACCAUCAGAAAACAUCGAUAU